GCCGCCGUCCGGAGAGAGAGUGCCGUGAGCGCAGAGCCGGCGCCCGCCAUGAGGGAGAUCGUGCACAUCCAGGCGGGCCAGUGCGGGAACCAGAUCGGCACCAAGUUCUGGGAAGUGAUUAGCGAUGAACACGGUAUCGACCCGGCCGGAGGCUACGUGGGUGACUCGGCGCUGCAACUAGAGAGAAUCAACGUCUACUACAAUGAGUCAUCGUCUCAGAAAUAUGUGCCAAGGGCUGCCUUGGUGGACUUGGAGCCCGGCACCAUGGACAGUGUGCGGUCCGGCCCUUUCGGGCAGCUCUUCCGGCCUGACAACUUCAUCUUCGGACAAACGGGCGCAGGAAACAACUGGGCGAAGGGGCACUACACGGAAGGAGCCGAGCUGGUGGACUCGGUGCUGGACGUGGUGAGGAAGGAGUGUGAGCACUGUGACUGCCUGCAGGGCUUCCAGCUCACCCACUCCUUGGGGGGAGGAACAGGGUCGGGCAUGGGCACUCUGCUCAUCAGCAAAAUCCGAGAGGAGUAUCCCGACAGGAUCAUGAACACCUUCAGUGUCAUGCCCUCCCCCAAGGUCUCCGACACUGUGGUGGAACCCUACAACGCCACCCUGUCAGUCCACCAGCUGGUGGAGAACACAGAUGAAACCUACUGCAUCGACAAUGAGGCCUUGUACGACAUCUGCUUCCGCACCCUGAAGCUCACCACGCCAACCUAUGGGGACCUAAACCACCUGGUGUCCGCCACCAUGAGUGGGGUCACCACCUCUCUGCGCUUCCCGGGCCAGCUCAACGCCGACCUCCGCAAGCUCGCAGUGAACAUGGUCCCUUUCCCACGCCUGCACUUCUUCAUGCCCGGCUUUGCUCCCCUGACAGCCAGAGGCAGUCAGCAGUACCGGGCCCUCACGGUGCCGGAACUGACUCAGCAAAUGUUCGAUGCUAAGAACAUGAUGGCGGCCUGUGAUCCCAGACAUGGGCGCUACCUGACCGUGGCCACUGUCUUCCGGGGCCCCAUGUCUAUGAAGGAGGUGGACGAGCAGAUGCUGGCCAUCCAGAACAAGAAUAGCAGCUACUUCGUGGAGUGGAUCCCCAACAACGUCAAGGUGGCUGUGUGCGACAUCCCUCCUCGGGGUCUCAAGAUGGCCUCCACCUUCAUUGGCAACAGCACGGCCAUCCAGGAGCUGUUCAAGCGCAUCUCGGAGCAGUUUUCUGCCAUGUUCCGCCGGAAGGCCUUCCUGCACUGGUUUACAGGAGAGGGCAUGGAUGAGAUGGAGUUCACAGAAGCAGAGAGCAACAUGAAUGACCUGGUGUCAGAAUACCAGCAAUAUCAAGAAGCUACGGCCAAUGACGGUGAAGAAGCUUUUGAAGACGAUGAAGAGGAGAUCAAUGAAUAGAGGAGCCUCCCUAUCCCAGAUACCACAGUGCAGACGUUCUUUAACCCCAGUGCGUCUUGAUCCCAAGGGCCGCCAAAUGGUGUGCUGGUCUAAAUAUGUGGGUAUAGGCCCCUCACAAAUGCAACGACAUCGUACUAUCAGCCAUCUGGAAUAAAGAAAGUUCAUUAAAAUAGCAGAGAAUUGGCAGUCCUACCCAAUCUGAAGAUCAGACUACAGGGAUUUUCUACUGGAGGACUUGAAAGAACUAAUGGGCCAUAAAUAAAGAGCUAAACAAAUAAACCUCCCCUUCUAUUAAGUGUUCAACCAUGUCUGAGAAUUAGCAGGGAAGUUAAACACAUAGUGUUUUUUCAUCCUUUGCGGUGAAACCUGAAGCUAUGCAGUGCUGCCUUCUACUGAAUAUGCAAUAUUGAACUUUGACACAAUCUAUUCAUAAUAAAACACUGCAACUGCU